AUGCAAUUUAUAUGGAUUUUCAUUCUAAUAUUGACGACAACAUCAAUAAAUUUAGUUACAGGCCAAUCGUGGACUUGGUCAGCACCUUCGAUACAGACUGUCGAUAUAUACAAUGAAUCAAGUCUUAAUAUUAGUUGGCAAUAUAGUAAGUCCGAAACGGAACCAUCUUUUGUACAAUUAUCUGUUAUCCUAUAUAAACUGAACACAACUGAUAUAUUUCGCAAUAAUUUUGCUAUGGAUGGUAAAAAUCGUUUCAAUUUCACAUCACUUAUGAUAGUGAAUAACAAUUUUUUAAAAGCCAAUGCAUAUUAUGCUAUUGUUCUUGAAUACAAUACAACUUAUAAUUAUGGAAUAAAUCAAUCACAGAAACUAUGGGGACGUAGUUUUUUUAAAUUGACUAAAAUGGCAACAACACCGAUACCUAGUGAAAGAAGAUUUGUUGAUAUUAAAUCAAAUUCAGCUAUUAUUUCAAUGAUGUGGCCAAGAGAAAUUCCUAAUUUUACACUUGAAAUGAAUGCAAAACUGAAUGGUGAAAAUACAACAUUACCAAUAGAGACUGUAUCAAAUGAAACUUAUUUUAUAAGUAAAUAUCGUUUUGAGAAUUUAUCACCAGAUACAAACUAUCGUCUAGUUACAACAUUUACACGAAGAUACCUUUCAAAUGAUAUUUGGACUGUAUCAGAUGAAAGUUCAGGAGUCAUUACAACUUUAAAACAUUCAUCCAGUUCAGCAAAUUCCUUUUAUGGACAAAUCUUUCUCUCCUUUAUAUAUAAUGUUUUAUUGUUCGAUUUAUUUUUUUUUUAA